GAUGAUCGAUUAUUGAUUGAUUAUCUGUGCCGAGUUCAGUUUUUUGAUGAUGUAGCCUAAUGCGCGAAUUGUUUUUCUCGGAUUGUGCAAGUGUACCUAAUAAAGUGUCCCCAGUCUUUCCACUGCUGUGGUUGGAAACCCAAAACCAGUUUAACCAGUUCAAGUCGGAUGCCCGCGCGUUCACUCUCGCAUCCACCCGCCACUUAAUAAACUCCCUAACUAAACUUCAAAACUUAACUUCCAUUUAAAAACAACUGGGACUGGCGUUCAUGUAAGGAGAAGCAACUCUUCCCUUUAAAGGUGUUUAAUGGCGGGCAUUUGAGCCAAAAUGGCCGUUUUAAAACAGCCACCUGUCCAGGUGAGUGACGUCACCGCUUCCCUCUCGGUGAACUGACGAACAAGGAAGAAGUCGCCACCGCCGGUCGGUUCGCCCUCAUUGUUUCAAACAAACACACCCAAAAAGCGUAUUGUUCCCCAUUCGUCGACGUUAUGGAGGGCGUCUGCGCGCACUUCGUCGAGCGCCACCGGCCGGCGCUCAACUUCGCGCUGCUGGUGGUCGCCUACGUCGCCUACCUGCUCGUCGGCGCCGCCAUCUUCUCCGCCGUCGAGCUGCCCUACGAGGUCCGUCUCCGCGGCGAGCUGGAGGCCAGCCGCCGGGACUUCCUGGCCAACAACACCUGCGUGUCGGACGCCAGCCUCCGCGAGCUCCUGGUGCGCGCCCUGGAGGCCAACAACUACGGCGUGUCGGUGGUGAGCAAGAGAAGCCGCCGCAACUGGGACUUCAUGUCGUCGCUCUUCUUCACCAGCACCGUGCUGACCACCACAGGUUACGGCCACACGGUUCCUCUGUCGGACGAAGGGAAGGCCUUCUGCAUCCUCUACUCCAUCCUGGGCAUCCCCCUAACCAUCUUCUUCCUCUCCGCCGUGGUGCACAGGAUCAUGGCGGUGGUCACCCGCCGCCCCAUCGCCUACUUCCCGAGCCGCUGGGCCGUGUCCAAGGCCAAGUUCGCCGCCGUCCACGCGGCGGUCCUCACCGUGGCGGUGGCUUUUGCCGUCUUCGUCGUCCCGGCGUGGAUCUUCAUCUCUCUGGAGCAGGACUGGAACUUCCUGGAGUCCUUCUACUUCUGCUUCAUCUCCUUGACCACCAUCGGGCUCGGAGACUACGUCCCAGGAGAAUCUCACAGUACGGAGGACGACAGUCAUUGGCAGUUCUACAAGCUGGUCAUCACUUUGUAUUUGCUGCUGGGUCUGUUGUGCAUUCUGGUGCUGAUGGAGACGUGCGCGGAGCUGCCGCAGAUGAAGCGCCUGCGUCAGCGCUUCUACCGGGACGACCUCAUGCGCGAGCUGGACGCCGAGACGGCCAACAUCAUCGAGCGGGAACACUCCGCCGACGCGUCCGACCGCGUCCUCCCGUCCGUGUCGCAGCUGGCCGACACCGUGCGGACCGGCGGCGGCAGGGCGGCGCCGUACACGCUGGCCUCCGGCCUUGAUGGGAAGCUCAACUAGCGCAGUGCAAAAUGGCCACCUGCUGUGCAACGUGUGGGUAUGUGUGAGGGACUAGCUAAUUCAUGGACAUAACAAAAUCUGGAAAAAGUGAAGCUUUUGUGAAUACUUUCCAGAUGGGGGAAAGGACCAAAACUGGCCAAUUAGUGUUGCCAGGCUUUUGGCGUCCUGUUGAUUUUGGAACAAGGCUCUAACAUAACCAAAUGUGGGGAAAAGUGAAGCACUGUGAUUUUGUUUUGUUUUGUUUUGUUCUCCCUUAUCAGAACAUUCCCCGCAGAUAAGAACUGGGGCGGGAAUGCCAAGGAAGGGCUGCUAAGUUUCCACUUCCUGUCAAAGCCACACCACGACUUCAUUUAAAAACACCUACCUGCACAUUUUAACCAACUAAAUUCACCAACCAAAAUAUGACUGCAAAGUGGUACUUGGUUGACCGCAGACCUCCACCAAAGCCUGUUACUUAAGAGCCAUACAGUAGUUACUGAAAAGCCCUCUCUCGCAAGUUUUGUAAAACCUAAUGAGACAUAUUUAUUUUUUUUAAAGUGCAAACAAGUUGCCUUAAAAUGUGGGACUUAUAAAAAGUACGGUAGAUUUUAAUAAUUGUUACAGAAUAGUUUAUUGGAGAGGUAGUAAUGCAAAACUGUUACUCUUUGUAAAGUUUUUCAUGUGCAAUAUGGGUUUGAACACCAGAGGGCACCAUUUUACAAAAAAAGCAAAUAACUAGUUAAAACUCCGAGGGAUUUCACCCCUUUUACGCCAUUGCGGAAUGUCACGUGACCAAACCCGGGAAAACGGCAUAGCUGACUUCCUGUGUAUGGUUCCCUAAAACGAGCAUGCAUGACCACAGUUUGAUCACAUUAUUGUUGGCAGCCGAACUUGCUCAAAUGUUUUCUUUAUGGCUGGUGUCUUUGGACAAAACUUAUAACCCACGGAUAUCACUUAUUUAUACAAAUAUAAGUAAACACAGAUGAAGCCUAAACAUGGGAUAUUGUCGUCUUUGAUGGUUUCAUGUCCCUACGGUCGCUUUGCCAUUCACCCGAAGCGGGAGGAAGUGCUUUGACCCGUUUUGCACAUAUACCGGCUUGAAGGGGGCAUAUUAGACAGAUCCCGCGACGCUUUCAUAGCCAAAGCUGUGAGUGGCGACAAAGUUUGAUGAUUGGCCAUGAGAUCCAAAACGCUCACAAACGCAAACAUUCGGCCCACCAAACCUGCUCGAGACAAUUAGCCACAUCCUGUAUGAUGUGUCUAGCCUUUUUGAAUAGUACAUAGAUCUAUCAGAAAAUAAAAAUAUGAAAAGAUAUUUUACUAACCAUAAUAAAUGUGUGUAUAAACGUAGGCUAUUUUAUUUAUGCACUCUUAUUAUUCACAUCACAGUUGACGUGGAGUCCUUAGUAGCACUUGGCCGUUAGUGCGUCUAUAUGAUGAGCGACCGUUUGAAGCAGCUCGGCCUGAAGGUGCGCCCGACGAGCAAUAGGAGGGCCAGCAAUAGGAGGGCCAGGAGUAGUAAGACGGUGACGGUGACUAUGGUCACGUAGCCGCUGUAGGGCAACGGCGGCGUGUCGGGAGCCUCGGCCGGGAUCAUGUUGGUCAGGUUCAGCAUGUAGCCCAGAGUCCAGCCCGCGUCACUUCCUUUGAUCUGGGACCCACGCAAGUCAACACGCUUUAUACAGUGCAAAAUUGCAACAACAAAAAACAUACGAACGCAUCAAUCGGACUGAGCCGCUGCAAGAGAGUGGCAAUCUUCUGUAUUUAAUUUUUCCAUGGUAAUGAAACACCUUUUAGCCAAAAGGAGACUAAGUGCAGCAAGAAAACAGCGCUGCAGCAAACAUGGAGACUGCGGAGCAUACUGUAUAGCUGUGUGGCUGUUAGCCACUGGAAAGAGAGCUUUUAUCCAGGAGGAGACUAAGGGCAUCAACAAAAUGGGCUGCUGCAGUACAAAUGGAGACAGUGGAGUCUAAUACUGGAUUUAUGUGGCUAUUGGCACUUGAAAUGAAACUAAGGGCAGCAAGACAACAGACUGCUACAGUAAAAAUGGAGACAGCGGACCAUAAUACUGGAUUUAUGUACAUGUGGCCGAUAGUCUCCUCUCGGAUGACCAUGGCUAAGGGCAGAAAGAAAAUGGACAUUUGCAUGAUAGUGGAGACUGUGGACUGUAUGUCCGUGACCGUCGGCCACUGUAGUGAGACAUUCUGGGAGAGACUAAGGAAAACGAAGCAUUGUAACAAAAAUAGAUACUCCAGAGUAUAAAACUGGAUUCAUGUUAAUGUGGCAGUUCAGUACAUGAAAAGAGGAGACUUAGGGAAGCAAGAAAAUGGAGCAUUCCAGCAUAAUACUGGAUUCAUGUACAUGUGGCCGUAGAGCACCGCAAUGAGAUAUUUCAUCCGAGAGAAGACUAAGGGCAGGAAGAAACUGGAGCAAAAUCAAAACGGCGAAAUACAACGUGGCAUUGAUGCACAAGUGACUGUUGACCACAGUAAUGAGACACACUAAAGAGGAGACUAAGGGCAGCAAGAAAACAGAGCACUGCAGCAAAGUUGAGACUGUGGAGACUAAUCCUGGAUUUAUGUACAUGUGGCUGUAUGCUGGGACUAGAAGUAAAUUUAGCAGCAGCGAAAUGGAGACUGGAUUAUAGUUAAAGUAGAGGAAAAUAAUGUAAAAUUGUAAUUAGCCAAAUUUGAUCCUAGAGGAGACUAAGGGCAGCAAGAAAAAAAGCACCACAGCAAAAUGGCGAUUGCAGAAUAUAAUAAUGUAUUUACACGUUGGUUCCAGGCCGCAGGAAAGAGACAAUUUAUCCAAGAGGAGACUAAGGGCAACGCACCUUGUGUAUGAAUUUAAUGUCGGCGUACGUUUCGGCGGUGAAAUUGUAUCCGUCCGUCAGCAGGGUGAUGAGGUACGCGCCGGCAAAGCAGUACUCCACCAAAUACUUCAACUUGGUGCCAGGAUUCUCUUGCUUCACCUGCACUCAUUCGCACAAAUCACAACUAUACAUACAAUAUAUCGUGUGUAUGAUUUGAGUUUUGAUUUUUUUUGGUAACCUGCUGCCAGGGCGUGGCGCAGAAUCGGGCUAUUGUUUCCUUGACUAUGUCCAGAGGGAUGGACGUGUCGGUGAGGUUGAAGAAGCUCAUGGUGUAGUAGUAGGCCGAGAACGCCUGCCGCCAUGGGGAAGAGGACGACAACAAAACAUUUGAAUAAUGAGUGAAUGACUUCCCCUCGAAAUGCACUUUUAUAAUCAUGCCAAAUUAAUAAUGCAUAGUGAUAUACAAUGUUGAAUCAUUUUCAUAGCGGGGAUUGGCUUUAUUUGAGCAAAUUUAUUCUAUUACAAUUAUUAAAAUAUGUUUUCACAUUUUUAUAUAUUUACAAUAUAUGUUUGAAAAACUAUACAAUUUUGUUAGGCCUUUAUUUGAACUAAGCCUUUUAAAAAUAAAGUAAAUUAUAUUGUAUAAGAUAUUGCCUAUAAAUGCCCAAAAAUAAAUUGUCAAUGUUUAUCUUGCCUUUUUUAGGGGAGGCCUAGAUUUGAAGCUACAUCUAUCACAUUGCAACUGUGAAUUGUGGUGCAGGGGGCAUUAUGGUUUGUGGCUGCUUAGUUACCUCAGAGCCUGGACGCAUUGCUUAAAAAACGUUUGAGAUAUUUGGGAGGACAACUCUUGUUCGCCAAAUGAAGCUUAACCCAAAAAUGUCUAAAGAUUCAUAGUCGUUUGUUCAUCAGCACAUUUAUACUGAAUAUUGUGCUCGCCUUCGCAGUCCGCUUACCCCAAAGUGCCCCUGCAAAGGUGGUUGGUAGACGCCGUUGAAGGAGCAACGGCUAUAUUUGCAUUGGCUGAAAUUGAAGAGGGUCCGGACCACGUCCUGGCAUUGUUGGAAGUUUCCUAUUCCAGUGUGCAGGAAAGACUCGGGGGCUCCCUGAGGCUUCCUGUCCGACACGCAGGGGCUGUCGUAGAGGUCCGAGUACGCCUUUGUCGCGAAGUAGCCUGGGUGGAAGCACGGGUCCUUUAUCGCCGCAGGACCGGACUCAGGGUGUUGAAGGAAGAAGAAAAAUGGAAAAGUGUGAAUAUCAUACAAAACAAUGAUAGACACAAACGGAUCCCAGGUGUCCGUGGCAUGCUUUGGACAAAAUGCUUCAACGAUCAAGAAUUAUAGACAGCUAAUUUCAUUGCCAUGGGGGAAAUCUUGGGGCCUAUCUGACUGACGCAGAACGGCAACUUUCUAGAAAAUUCUUGUAUAUUUCGGCUUUUCUCUUGAAAAUAUGCCUUUUUACACAAAAACAAAUUUACGAUCUUGUUCUUAAAAAAAAAAAAAUCCGAUUUGUUUCUCAAUAACAUACUUUUUAACUUUUUUUCCCCUUAAAGAAACAUUUCUACCUCGAAGGAUAAUAAUUCCGAGUACACAAAGUAAGGUCCUUGACUGUGAUGAACAAGAAACGAGUCACGCCUUCUGCCUACACAAAGACCACAAAAAAAUGUCAUGCGUAGGAAGGGCGUUUACCUGAGUGUGGUGUGCCAGCGCCAUUCUGAGUGCCUGAUCCUUCCCGUAGCACAGGAAGCUGUGGGUGUAAAGGUUGUAGUCGUUUCCAUACAGACGGAAGGCCACAGAGUUGCCGGGCGACUCGGCGCCCUCCGACGCUUGGGGCACAAAGCUAAUCUGGGUGGACGCCCCGCCGAGGUCCAAGGCCCCCGUGGUCCUCAGGCCCUGUAGAAACGCGCACACACACGGAAGCAUCAAAGUCAAGGCCAAUAAAAAAACAAACGAGAUGUGGGAAUUGCAGAGUAACCAUCCCAAUUUGAACACAUUCAUAUUACCAUAAUACAGCGAUUAAGUCAUACAAAUAUCACUUAUCUCCUAACGUUUUUGUCAAAUAAAUGUCCAUCCAUCCAUUUUCGGAGCCGCUUCUCCUCGCUAGGGUCGCGGGCGUUCUGCAGCCUAUCCCAGCUAUCAUCGGGCAGGAGGCGGGGUAGACCCUGGACUGGUUGCCAGCCAAUCGCAGGGCACAUACAAACAAACAACCAUUCACACCUACGGGUAAUUUUAGAGUUGUCAAUUAGCCUAGCACACAUGUUUUGGGGAUGUGGGAGGAAACCGGAGUGCCCGGAGAAAACUCACAGGCGGGGCCGGGGAUUGAACCCCGGUCCUCAGAACUGCGAGGCAGACGCUCUAACCAGUCGCCCUUUAGAAAUAAUAAAUGUGACUAUACUUCAUUCUCGUAAUAUUCAGCUAUAUUCAUUCUGUAAUCUCCAAGCUUGUGCCAUAGCUAAUCACAUUCUGAGAAAGAAAAAAAAAAAAACAUUUUUAAGUUAAAAAUUCUAAUUAAAUUUGACUAAGAAUUAACUUUUUUUUGCGGAAAAAUCCAACAUUUUCUUAAAAAAAAUACCCAACUUUAUUUUUAUACUUUUUGU